GUGGUGCAGGCGUCCAGCUGCACUCCCCACUUCUGUCUCUGUGCCUGCUGUUUCCCUGCUGGGAAGAAGAAAAGGCUGAGCAAUCUCUUGAUCCAUUGGAUGAGUGAUGCUGGCUUGAGGCCGUAGUGGGAGGCCCAGCGGAUCGUGAGAAGCCAGUGAGUGUGGAUGGCUUGGCAGGUGAGCCUGCCGGAGCUGGAGGACCGGCUUCAGUGUCCGAUCUGCCUGGAGGUCUUCAAGGAGCCCCUGAUGCUGCGGUGCGGCCACUCCUACUGCAGGGGCUGCCUGCUCUCCCUGUCUUGCCACCUGGACGCGGAGCUGCGCUGCCCCGUGUGCCGGCAGACGGUGGACGGCAGCAGCUCCCCGCCGCCCAACGUCUCCCUGGCUCGGGUGAUCGAAGCCCUGAGGCUCCCUGGGGACCCGGAGCCCAAGGUCUGCGUGCACCACCGGAACCCGCUCAGCCUCUUCUGCGAGAAGGACCAGGAGCUCAUCUGUGGCCUCUGCGGUUUGCUGGGAUCCCACCAGCACCACCCGGUCACACCCGUCUCCACCGUCUACAGCCGCAUGAAGGAGGAGCUCGCAGCCCUCAUCUCUGAGCUGAAGCAGGAGCAGAAGAAGGUGGAUGAGCUCAUCGCCAAACUGGUGAACAACCGGACCCGAAUCGUCAAUGAGUCGGAUGUCUUCAGCUGGGUGAUCCGCCGUGAGUUCCAGGAGCUGCACCACUUGGUGGACGAGGAGAAGGCCCGCUGCCUGGAGGGGAUAGGGGGUCACACCCGUGGCCUGGUGGCCUCCCUGGACAUGCAGCUGGAGCAGGCCCAGGGAACCCGGGAGCGGCUGGCCCAAGCCGAGUGUGUGCUGGAAGAGUUCGGCAAUGAGGGCCACCACGAGUUCAUCCGGAAGUUCCACUCCAUGGCCUCCAGAGCAGAGCUGCCGCAGGCGCGGACCUUGGAAGGCGCAUUCAGCCCCAUCUCCUUCAAGCCAGGCCUCCACCAGGCUGACAUCAAGCUGACCGUAUGGAAAAGGCUCUUCCAGAAAGUUCUGCCAGCCCCAGAGCCUCUCAAGCUGGACCCUGCCACUGCCCACCCACUCCUGGAGCUCUCCAAGGGCAACACGGUGGUGCAGUGUGGGCUCCUGGCCCAGCGGCGUGCCAGCCAGCCUGAGCGCUUCGACUACAGCACCUGCGUCCUGGCCAGCCGCGGCUUCUCCUGCGGCCGCCACUACUGGGAGGUGGUGGUGGGCAGCAAGAGCGACUGGCGCCUGGGGGUCAUCAAGGGCACAGCCAGCCGGAAGGGCAAGCUGAACAGGUCCCCCGAGCAUGGUGUGUGGCUGAUCGGCCUGAAGGAGGGGCGGGUGUACGAAGCCUUUGCCUGCCCCCGGGUGCCCCUGCCCGUGGCCGGCCACCCCCACCGCAUUGGGCUCUACCUGCACUACGAGCAGGGCGAGCUCACCUUCUUCGACGCUGACCGCCCCGAUGACCUGCGGCCGCUCUACACCUUCCAGGCCGACUUCCAGGGCAAGCUCUACCCCAUCCUGGACACCUGCUGGCACGAGAGGGGCAGCAACUCGCUGCCCAUGGUGCUGUCCCCUCCCAGUGGGCCUGGCCACCUCAGCCCUGAGCAGCCCACCAAGCUGUAGGGCCACCCAGGGUCCUGCCGGCCCACAGGCCCAUCCCCACAGGGCACCAGGGACUCACGAGCUUCUGUUGGGUCCCAAGGUGAUAUCUUCACUGUUUAGGAAGGUCUUCAGGCCUGUGUGUCCCUGGAACAUGUAAUGAUAGGGAGCAGGACCCCAUUCCCUUUGCCAUCAGCCAGGGGUGUAUUUGUAAACGUCGGCCCCCAGGCCUUGGCAGCCACGGGACACACAGAGCUCCCCAUGGUCCCUGCUAACCACGCUGUCUGCGCAGACGCUUCCAGCUGAGGGCAGAAAUAGUCCCAUGUAUACUUUUUCCUUAUUACUGUGAACUUUCAACUACUAUCAAGGAUAAUAAAUUUGACAUUCUUUCUUUCUC